AUGGAUUCCUAUCUCGAGGAGACAUCUUACACCUUCUUCCCCAGUGUCGAGGGCAACAGUCCAGUGUACACAUUCGAUUCUCAGUUCAUUCCUUUCCCCGCAUCAGAGGGCACAGAGAAUUUCUUUUAUCCAUACUCAUUCCCGGCAUACCAAACAUCAAUGCCUCUCAUGAACAACGCUUCUCCACUCUCCUUGGACACCGACUACGCAACCAUCAACACCCCAUUCACCGCAUCCUCCCCCCGCUCAGACUUUUCGCCCAUCCCCAGUGAGCCUUUGGACUUCGCAUCACCACCUAGCACUAGCAGCGGACCAGUCUCGCCACGGUCACCCCCACAAGAGGUGCAGCCCGAGAGCUGGGGCCCGGCAGAUCUUCACCAAAUGGGUUAUCUUGACGUCGCCGGCAACUGGCGCUGCCGCUACUCAGGUUGCUGCUCCUCGCGUGUGUUCCUGCGCGCGUGCGAUCUCAGAAAGCACUUCCGGGGCCAUGCAAAGUACUUCUUCUGCACCGAAAAGAGAUGCCAGCAAGCGGGCGUUGGUUUUGCGACGCGCAAGGACUUUCAACGGCACAUGGGCUCUCACAAGCCUGCUGUGAGGUGCAUGCACCCGGACUGUGAUCGCAUCUUCAGCCGGAAAGACAAUAUGAGAGAGCACUACAAGAAGAUUCAUCAGAGGUUGAGAAAUAACCUCUUCCCAAGGAGGUGCCGUCAGACCAAGAAGAGGGAAUCGCAGGCUGCCUCACCAGAGUCCAGCUGCUCUACUUGCUGCAUGGAGUGUUAA